AUGGGAGAAAAGAUUGAUAACAGUUUGAAUAGGGGAAAUGCGCCUCCAGUGUUUCGCUUGCAUGGUGAAAACUAUCAUUUAAUGGGUAGUUUAAUGCCGUUAGAAGGAUGUAGGCCGAAGUUUGCUCAUUUGUACAUAUACGACACUGAAAAUGAAGUUGACAAUAGAUUGUUGUCAGUCAGACAAAAAAAAGAUGUUGAUGAUUUGCAUGCUGAGAUUGUUUUGGAUAUUCAAAGUAUGUUGGAUGAGUGUAAUAUAUUGGUUAAGUCUUUUCGAAUGGCAAGAAACAAGAUUAGUGAUUCUAAUUCGGCAGAAGUGAAGUUAAGGUUACUUGGUAAGCGAGGCAAAGAUGGUAGAACAUAUAAUCUUCCGUCAGUGUCGGAGGUUGCUGUGUUGAUAGUAGGAGACAUUGACGAAGCAAUGGGUGAUAGAGAUAUUAUUAUUGAAUGCAAAAAUGGUGUGCUAAAGCGAAUUAAUGAACUACAUCCUUCUUAUCUGGCAUUGCAAUAUCCUCUUAUUUUUCCGUUUGGGGAUGAUUGUUAUCGAGAGGAUAUUGGGUUUUCAGAGAAUUGGGGAUCUACUUCUAGAAGUAGAGUUAGUCCAAAAGAAUAUUUUGCUUUUCGAUUACAUGAAAGACAGUUUGAGCCACCCAAUAUUUUGUAUUGUCGCCGACUUUUUCAGCAAUUUGUUGUAGAUGCUUACACCAUGGUUGAAUCAGGAAGAUUAAAGUUUGUAAGAACACAACAAAAAAAGCUACGUGCGGAGUUGUAUAAAGGUUUGGCAGAUGGUGUGUUGAGGGGUGACACGGAUCCUGUCAAAUAUGGAAAGAGAGUUAUUCUGCCUUCGUCUUUCACUGGUGGUGCACGAUACAUGAUUCAAAAUUAUCAAGAUGCUAUGGCAAUAUGUGGUUCCGUUGGGUAUCGUAAUUUAUUUAUUACGUUUACAUGUAAUCCGAAAUGGCCAGAGAUUGUUCGAUAUGUUCAGAGUAGAGGUUUAAAGGCUGAAGAUCGUCCGGAUAUAAUAUCUCGUGUGUUUAAAGUGAAGUUGGAUAAUUUCAUAAUUGAUUUGCGGGCGAAGGCCAUAUUUGGGAAAGUAACAGCUGUUAUAUACACAGUGGAGUUUCAGAAACGAGGUUUGCCUCAUGCGCACAUUCUGCUUUUCCUAUCUAAGGAAGAUCAAAACUGCAAUCCAAGUGGGAUAGAUAAAAUUAUAUCAGCAGAAAUUCCAAAUGAAGAUGAUGAUCCUACUUACUUUGCAGCUGUUCGUGAUUUUAUGUUGCACGGUCCCUGUGGUAUAGAUAGACCUAAAUCUCCAUGCAUGUUCGAUGGUCGAUGUAGCAAAUAUUUUUCGAAGAAAUAUGUGGAUGUGACGACUGUAGAUGAAUCUGGUUACCCUGUAUAUCGGAGACGUAACAAUGGUAAUGUUAUAUUGAAGAAUGGUGUAUCUCUAGAUAAUAGAUAUGUUGUACCUCAUAAUCGGUUUUUACUCAUGAAAUACGGUGGUCAUGUGAAUGUUGAAUGGUGCAAUCAGUCGCGUUCUGUGAAGUAUUUGUUUAAGUAUAUUAAUAAAGGUAAUGAUCGCGUGACGACGUCUUUCUAUCAGUCUAAUACAGGGGGCGAAGUACAAAAGUGUGUUGAUGAGGUCAAAUUGUACUAUGAUUGUAGAUAUAUCUCCCCAUGUGAAGCCAUGUGGAGAAUAUUGGGGUUUGUUGUGCAGUUUAAAGAUCCACCAGUUAAGCGUUUGAGUUUUCAUCUACCAGAUGAGCAAUUUGUUGUUUUCUCUGAGUCAGAUCCUGUGGAUGUUGUUCUUGAUCGGAAAACAGUAUCACGGACUAUAUUUUCAGAGUGGAUGAAAGCUAAUAAAAUUUAUCCUGAAGGUAGAAGUCUGACUUAUGCGCAGUAUCCGACAAAGUUUAGGUGGAACGAAGAGGAUAGUGUUUGGCAGCCAAGGAAAAAAGGAUAUUCUAUAGGAAGGUUGGUUUUCAUAGCUCCUGGCUCUGGGGAGUUGUAUUAUUUUAGGUGUCUUCUAAAUAUAGUACGUGGUGUUACUUGCUAUGAAGAAAUUCGAUGUGUUGAUGGAAUACAAUAUGAUAAUUUUCGUGACGCUUGCUUUGCUCUUGGGUUAUUAGAAGAUGAUAAAGAAUAUAUUGAUGGCAUUAUAGAGGCGAGUCAUUGGGCUUCUGCAAAAUCUUUGAGAUCAUUAUUUGUUACUACAUUGUUAUCUUCUGAAUCGAUUAGUCGGCCUGAAGUUGUGUGGAAUAGUUGCUGGAAACUUUUAUCGGAUGAUGUUCUAUACAAUCGAAGAAAAAAUUUACGACAUCCAGAUUUAUUGUUGAGUGAUUUGGAAAUACAAAAUUUUGCUUUGGUGGAGAUUGAGAAAUCAUUGCUUCAACUUGGAAGAACUUUGCGUGAGUUUGGAUCUAUGCCAUUUCUCAGUAGUGAUUUUUUUGAGGUGCGUCAAAAUAGAUUGAUAAGUGAUUGA